AACACAAAUAAGUACUAAUGAUGGAUAUGACAUCAGCAGCUGAGGCCAGGAGUUGGUACGAGAACCAACGACUUGGCGGAUCCCCAAAUACCGGAACGUCGGCACACCAAAGUAGCGGAGGCGUCGACGCCUCAGACGUGGGAGCCUUUUAUCCCAUCGAGAAUGGCAGUGCCCAUCGGAGAUACGGCUAUGCCGGAUACGGAUCACAUGCUUCUAGAAUGCCAUCGUCGCAUGUUUCACCGCAAAUGUGCAGGCCACAUUUUCCCGCGCCGCUGCCAUGGUUGAGCGCGGAACCGCCCAAGUCGCUCGGCUCGUCGAGUGCGUGGGGCAGCCCGUUCGCAUGCCCGCAAGAUCCGCAGGAGAAAGUUAGUCAAGCCGCUGCCGCCCUCCAAAGUAGUCAAACGUCGAGCGGGCAACACUUGUUCUCGUUUCCGCCGACGCCGCCAAAAGACUCCACACCUGACUCAGUACAAACCGGACCGCUCGAGUAUCAAGCCGCCGUCAAUGCGUUCAUGCAUCAGGCGCAGGUGACGAGCAAUUCGGCGCUCACCGGAGACACUGGCAGCUGCGGACUGGAUAUCAAGCCGUGUUUGACGAACGGCAACAGCGGCGGCGGAAAUGGCGGCAACACAGGAGCCGCGGCGCCCAAACAGCGCGAAGGUACGCAUCAACAGCAACAACAACAACAUCAAACCACCAAUCAUAGUAAUAACAAUAAUAAUAACAACAACAGCCAGAACAAUAAUAACACGACAAGCUCCUCGAAUAAUAACAGUAAUAACAAUAAUAGUUCGAGUGCGUCGAGUUUGUUUGAUGCGCAUCAGUCUGCGUAUGCGAGUGCGUAUGACAGUUAUGGCAAUUACCAUCAAACGAGCAGUGCAUUCCAGGCGAAUGCCCGAUCCCAAAUGAGCCCGCAUAACACGAAGCCACAACGUACCAAAGCGAGAACGAGUGCUGAAGGUCGAGAAUGUGUGAAUUGCGGCGCAACAUCAACGCCGCUGUGGCGAAGAGAUGGCACCGGACACUAUUUAUGCAACGCCUGUGGCUUGUACUACAAAAUGAACGGACAAAAUCGACCCCUUAUCAAACCGAAGAGAAGACUGGUGAGUAAAUCAUUACAAAGCGCGGCACGACGAGCCGGUACAUCGUGUGCAAAUUGUAAAACAACUACAACAACAUUAUGGCGGAGGAAUCAAGGUGGCGAACCUGUGUGUAAUGCUUGCGGACUUUAUUAUAAACUACAUAACGUUAACCGACCAUUAACAAUGAAAAAAGAGGGAAUCCAGACGCGGAAUCGUAAAUUAUCGUCAAAGUCGAAGAAGAAAAAGGGCAUGCCGGGUUCGUGUCUUCCGCUUGGCAGCCAUUUAGGAGAUCUAAUGAAGCCACUUGAUCCGACAAAGGGCUUUGGAGGAGGCUUUUCGUCAAUGGGACAACACGGACAUUUAUCGAGCGGAUUACAUCCGGCGCAUACACACAUGCACGGAGGAUGGUAUACGACAGGCAUGGGCUUGGGAGGAUCCGGAGGUCUCCAAAGUGGCUUCGGCUCAAGUGCGUUAGGAGGCGGCGUUGUGCCACACUCGCAAGGCUACCAUUUGGGACUGAAUUCAAUGAGCGCAUGGCGACCUGAAUACACAUGAUGGAACACCAACGGCAACUUAAACAAUAAUUUCUUUGAAUUCGGUU